GGAGUAAAAUGAAUCUAUUCUCUAGUCGAGGUUAUUAGCUCGCGUGUAUAUAAGACCAGCAACUUCGCAGUUGCUUCCAUUCAUACCUAUCUAGUAGAUCUCUGUAGCACGUUGUGAGAAGCGUUAGCUUCAACUCCUUAUCAAAUCUCGGUAUCUUCUCAGUUGCUACAAGAUGCAGCUGAGCCGCUUUACCUCCGUUUUACUUGCUUUGCUUCAUAGCUCAAGUGCUUGUCUUCACAACCCUAUCCAUACCCCCCAACUACGAGAUGUGGAAGAUGCUCUCCGCAAGAGAAACGUACCGGCUGCCGUGAAGACGGCAAUAACCAAUGUCCGAGUCUUCGACGGCUAUACGAUAGGCGAGCCGGACACCGUCAUCUUCGACGGCGAAUACAUCACCGACUGCGACGAAAAUAUCCAGCACACCAUCGACGGCGGUAACCGCAUCCUCAUUCCCGGUUUAAUAGACGCCCACAGCCACGUGAUGACGGUCGAGGACCUCGAGAACAACACUGCGUACGGCGUCACGACCAUAUUCAACAUGGCCUGCUCGGAUAUCAAGCUCUGCCUAGCGCUCAAGUCGAACCCGGGCUUAACUUCCGUUUUUACUACUCUACUUCCUGCUCUGGGCCCGUCCGGCGGAAACACUCAGCUCAACCCGGUGCUGCCCGAGCAAAUCCUCCGUCCCGGGACGGACCCCAAGGCCCUCGUAGGCUAUUCCUUCAGCAAUGGCUCCGACUACUUCAAGAUCGUAGGUGAAUCGGACGGGCCGACACAGGAUCAGUAUGACGAAAUCGUCAGCUACACGCACUCGUUAGGCCAGUUUACCGUCGCUCACGCAGCCAGCAUCACUCCGUACACGCGCGCGGUAUCGUCGGGGAUCGACGUCGUGCAGCACAUCCCCGACGACGCGCUACUCUGCUCGUCCGUCAUUCAGGCGAUGAAGAAGCACAAUCUAGCCGCAACCCCGACGAUGGAGAUAUUCCGCCGCGCGUACACCGUCCAGCCCGAGAUAGGCCAAUUCCUGCGCGGGAACAAGACGUCCAACAACACCACGACAACAACAUACGAGAACGUGCUCGCGAACGUGAGGAGCUUAUACGAGGCUGGCGUUACGAUAUUGGCGGGGACGGAUGCGGUCGGUAGCACUCUGCCCAUAGUGUAUAUUCCCUUCGGAGAUACGCUCCACCAGGAGCUGGUGAACUUGGUGGAUAUCGGAAUGACGCCGGCAAAGGCUUUACGAGCUGCUACGAUUGUCCCUGCUACGGUGCAUAGGUUGCACGAUAGGGGUGCGAUCCGGCCCGGAUUGCGCGCUGACUUGGUUUUGCUAAACAGCGACCCCCUAGUGAAUAUCUCCAACACUAGAGACAUCGCCAAGGUUUGGGUUGGCGGCAUAGAAUACCCCAACGUCGCAAAGUCUUGAUUCUUUGAACAGGGGGUAGAUAGAUGUUGUUCUCUAUGGAGAGGUAUCCUAGAGUAUUCGACUACGCGGAGAUAAUUGCCUCUUAUAACUAAGCCUUAGGUACCUCGUUUCUAACCAUCGCAGUUUUUAUAUUGUCUUUAGUCUUUCAACAAUACGUAGUCCGAACGCGAAGCAUUGGUACGCUUAGCUGCUUUACCAGAAGAGGAAAUUUGGUCUGCAUUGACGCUGCUAUUGAAUUAUCAGCUUCCUCAGCUGAUUCCAGUAUGCUGAACGCCUCCCAGCCUCGGACUUCAUGUUAGCCUGAAUCUGACCAGAAAUUUCAGGGGCCUGUAACAGCUUGAACACUA